AUGGCGUGGGCGCUGAUCCUGGCCCUCUGCAACGCGGUACUGGCCCCCACGAUCGCGCUGGACGCCAUGGGCCCUCACGCAGCAGUCCGCCUGUCUGAACUGCUGACCCCCGAGGAGUGCGACCACUUUCGAUCACUCCUCGAGGUGCCCGAGCCCGACCUGGAAAAGGAGCUGGCGCGGUUAUCUGAGGACAAGCUGGCGACUCCCGAGCCACCCGCACCCUCGCUUGGGGCUCAGGACUUGGUGAGACAACGGCUACGGGCCGCCGCGGAGCUGGCCCGGCUAUCUGCGGACCCGCUGGCGACUCCCGAGCCACCCGCAUCCUCGCCCAGGGCGCAGGACUCGGUGGGACGAAGACGGCGGGCCGCAGCCCCGCAGCCUUCGGAAAGGACGCAGGGUGCGUCCGAGUCUAGGGAAGUUUCCGACGGCUGCCGCGAGGCGCUGGCAACCUGGUUGGCUGCCCAGGCCCCGGCCCUGUCGUGGGACCGCGUGGCUCGAGCCCUACGACGCAGUGGCCGUCCCGAUGUGGCGCGGGAGCUGGCCAAGAACCUCCAUCAGCAGGCGACGUUGCAGCUACGGAGGUCAGGUGCGAGUUACCUGCAGCCCCACCUAGCUCCAGCCCCGGGCUCUGGCCCCGCCCCCACCUCUGGCCCCGCCCUCCAUCCGGGCCCGGACCCCGCCACCGGCCCCGCCACGGUCCCUGCCCCGGCUCCGCGCGCCCGCCGCGCCGUCGCCCUCGCGUCCGUCUGGGACCAGCUGGAGCUGAUCGUGGAGCGCCUGCCGCAGCCCCCGUACACGCGCAGUCCCUCAGCCUGGGCCGGGCCGCUGGCGCUCGGCCUCCUCGCCGGCUUCCUGGGAGCGUUGUGCACCGGGGCGCUGAUCACCGUGCUCACGCUGUGGAUCACUGGUGACAACCGCGACGGCGACCCGGCGUGGCCUCGUGCCCGCCGCCCGGCCGCCGCCUCCCGGCUCAGGCUAGCUCGGAAACCCUGCACCUGGGAAACGGAGCCGCUCCUGCCUCCGUCCUGGACGCCGCAGCCACCCUCGCCCCUCUGCCAGUCACUGUGA